AUGACAACCCAAUACACAGACCCCCAUCGCAGCAAGCUAGGCUACUGGCUCACCCACGGGCCCCCCCGCCCGCCCUUCACCCCCGCGGUGCUCCGCAAGACGCGCGAAAGCAUCGAAAGGAGCCGCCACACGCUCGAAGCCUGCAUCGCCCGCGGCGGCGACCUCGCCGAGGUCGAGGCCCCGCUCAAGUCGCUCGCGCCCGAGAUGGACCGCAUCCUCGAGGCGCUCAACUUGAUCCGUGCGCUGCAGGAGCUGAAUGUCGCUGCUGACUUUUGGUGGUAUGUGGCUAUGUGGGGCCGCUUUGGGCUCGCGGUGGGCAUGCUGUUGAUGGCGGGGUGGGGGUGGGAGAUGGCGAAGUCGAUUCCGCUGUGUGCGGUCAUCAUUAAUUGCAGGUAUCUGUUUCCGGCGAACGAUGGGUUUAUGUAUGUGGCGGCCCAGCUAAAAACCCUUGGACGCGGCUUCUUCUUCGAGCACUUCCUCAACACCUGCUUGCUCCUGAUCUACUGCAGCAAGAGAGGACCUGUCGUGGUCGCAUUUACUGCGGUUUACUGGUAA